CCGCCCCGGCACAGACACCGCACACCUUCACACAGAACAGGAGUAGCAGCGGCAGUCGAUCAAGAGAGCAACAACGUUGUCUUUGCUGUGGAUCCGGAGGUUUUGUUCUGGGGGGACAGGUGACCGAGCAGACCGACCGAGCCUUGAAUGUCCAUCGGUGGAAACUAUUGCUGUCUGUCACACCCCCAGCACACAAUCCGAUUGCCUCAGUAGAUGAUACUUACCUACAUGUAUUUCGAUCUGAUCAUAUAAGCCCAGUCCACCAAGAUGGAAAAAGCGCACAUUAAAUCGGCUAGUGAAGUUUUAGACAACUUCGGUGUGAACGAAAACACUGGGCUGACUCUGGAACAAGUCAAAGUUAAUUUGGAGAAAUAUGGACCGAAUGAGCUCCCGACUGAAGAAGGCAAGUCCCUGUGGGAGCUGGUAGUGGAACAAUUUGAAGACCUCCUUGUCAGGAUCUUGCUGCUAGCUGCCUGCGUCUCCUUUGUGCUGGCUCUGUUUGAGGAGGGAGAGGAGACAACCACUGCCUUUGUUGAGCCUGUUGUUAUUCUUCUUAUCCUAAUCGCCAACGCUGUUAUUGGGGUCUGGCAGGAGCGGAAUGCUGAGAAUGCCAUAGAGGCUCUGAAAGAGUAUGAACCUGAGAUGGGAAAGGUGUACCGCAUGAACCGCAACGCUGUACAGAGGAUCAAAGCCAGAGACAUCGUCCCAGGAGACAUAGUAGAGGUGGCAGUUGGUGACAAGGUGCCUGCCGACAUCAGAGUGACCUCUAUAAAGUCCACUACCCUGCGAGUGGAUCAGUCCAUCCUCACAGGGGAGUCUGUGUCUGUCAUCAAACACACUGACCCUGUUCCUGAUCCCAGAGCUGUCAACCAGGACAAAAAGAACAUGCUGUUUUCUGGCACCAACAUUGCUGCAGGCCGUGCCAUAGGCGUCGUUGUUGCUACAGGCACCGCCACAGAGAUCGGAAAGAUCCGUAAUCAGAUGGCAUCUACAGAACAAGAGAAGACGCCACUGCAGCAGAAGCUGGAUGAGUUCAGCCAGCAGCUCUCCAAGGUCAUCUCCCUGAUCUGUGUGGCUGUAUGGGUUAUCAACAUUGGGCAUUUUGGAGACCCUGUCCAUGGUGGCUCCUGGGUUCGAGGUGCUAUCUACUACUUUAAGAUUGCUGUGGCACUGGCUGUAGCUGCCAUACCUGAGGGUCUGCCUGCCGUCAUCACCACCUGCCUGGCCCUUGGUACGCGUCGCAUGGCCAAGAAGAAUGCCAUUGUUCGCAGCCUACCCUCUGUUGAGACGUUGGGCUGUACCUCUGUUAUCUGCUCUGACAAGACAGGCACCCUCACCACCAACCAGAUGUCUGUUUGCAGAAUGUUCAUUGCAGACAAGGUGCAAGAUUCAAUCUGCUCUCUUCAUGAGUUCUAUAUAACUGGUUCUACAUAUGCCCCUGAGGGACAGAUACUGAAAGAAGACAUGCCCAUCCAGUGUGGAGACUAUGAUGCACUUUUGGAGUUAGCCACUGUGUGCUCUAUGUGCAAUGACUCUUCACUGGAUUACAAUGAGGCCAAAGGGGUUUAUGAGAAGGUGGGUGAAGCCACAGAGACGGCUCUCACUACCUUGGUGGAGAAGAUGAAUGUCUUCAAGACUGAUCUAUCUGCCCUCAGCAAGGUUGAACGUGCUUCUGGCUGCAACACGGUCAUCAGACAGCUUAUGAAGAAGGAGUUCACCCUGGAGUUCUCUCGUGACCGCAAGUCCAUGUCUGUCUACUGCACCCCCGUCAAACUGGGCUCCCAGAGCAAGAUGUUCAUCAAGGGUGCUCCAGAGAGUGUGAUUGAACGCUGUCAUUACCUGCGGGUGGGAACAAGGAAGGUAACACUCACUCCAGCCCUGCGUGACCAGCUAUUGUCUAAGAUCAGGGACUGGGGGACAGGCAGGGAUACCCUGCGCUGCCUGGCUCUGGCCACUCAUGACAACCCGCCACGCAAGGAGGACAUGGAUUUGGAGAAUUCCAACAAGUUUGCACAGUAUGAGUUAGGUCUCACGUUCGUUGGCUGUGUGGGCAUGCUUGACCCACCCAGGAAGGAGGUGGUCAGUUCAGUGAAACUGUGCAGCGAGGCAGGUAUACGUGUUAUCAUGAUCACAGGAGACAACAAGGGCACAGCUGUGGCCAUCUGCAGACGAAUUGGCAUAUUUGGGGAAGACGAGGACGUGACAGGGAAAGCCUACACGGGCCGUGAGUUCGAUGAUCUCCCACCAGAGGAGCAGAGAGAAGCCGUCAAACGAGCACGAUGCUUUGCCCGUGUCGAGCCAGCUCACAAGUCUAAGAUCGUUGGAUACCUGCAGUCAUUCAAUGAAAUUACUGCCAUGACAGGAGAUGGUGUGAAUGAUGCCCCAGCUCUGAAGAAAGCAGAGAUUGGCAUUGCCAUGGGAUCCGGAACUGCAGUGGCCAAGUCAGCAUCUGAGAUGGUACUGUCUGAUGAUAACUUUUCCACCAUAGUGGCUGCAGUGGAGGAAGGCAGAGCCAUCUACAACAACAUGAAGCAGUUCAUCAGAUACCUCAUCUCCUCUAACGUGGGAGAAGUAGUCUGCAUCUUCCUGACAGCCAUCCUGGGCCUCCCUGAGGCUUUGAUUCCAGUCCAGCUGCUGUGGGUUAAUCUAGUGACAGAUGGCCUUCCUGCCACUGCCCUGGGCUUCAACCCUCCAGACCUGGACAUCAUGGACAAAGCUCCUCGCAACCCUAAGGAGCCUCUCAUCUCUGGCUGGCUCUUUUUCAGAUACCUGGCUAUUGGAGGAUAUGUGGGUCUUGGAACGGUGAGCGCAGCCACAUGGUGGUACCUGUUUGAUGAAGAAGGCCCACAGGUGUCUUUCUAUCAGCUGAGGCACUUCAUGCAGUGUACUAAAGACAACCCCAUGUUCCAAGAAACAGAGUGUGAGGUGUUUGAAUCACGCUACCCAACCACCAUGGCCCUGUCUGUGCUGGUCACUGUCGAAAUGUUCAACGCACUCAAUAGUUUGUCUGAGAACCAGUCCCUGCUCAGGAUGCCUCCCUGGGUCAAUAUUUGGCUGCUGGGUGCAAUCAUCCUCUCUCUCUCCCUCCACUUCUUAAUCCUCUACGUUGAACCUCUGCCAUUGAUCUUCCAGGUGACCCCUCUGCGCUUGUCCCAGUGGAUUGUGGUCUUGAAGAUUUCUGUCCCAGUCAUCUUCCUGGAUGAGGCACUUAAGUAUAUCUCCAGAAACCAUCUAGAAGCCUAAAUUCUUUUUAUCUCACCUUCUGUGACCAGGUGAUGAGGAUACAAAAUAUCGAAGGAGAUGGCAGCUGAAAUAAGACCUCACCGUCAACACACUCACACAGUCUGACACACGCCUGCCCUCUUCCCUUUAUGAGUUAGGAACCUUUUCUCUACCCUGUCCUCAUUCCCCACUUCUGCAUGUCUAACUGACCACCACUAGAAAUGAGCAGGGCUUGUAUCAGAAUGAUUGUGCAAGAAAGAGAGUGUGUGUGUUCCUGUGAGCAGGGCUUUGCAUGGGUGUCUGAGUACAUGAGCAUUGUGUGUGUUUGUGUGCGUGUGUGUGAGAGAGAGAGAGUACAGGCAGAUGCAGACCUGUCUUUAUAGUUGCAAGAGCAAGUAACAACUGCAAAGAAAAAAGACAAAACUGCCCAGGGCUCUGCUUUUUAUUAAAAGAUUUCUGUUCAUUGUUUUUUUUUUUUGUUUGUUUGUUUUCUUUCUUGCUUGUUUAGUUUAGUUUUUUGUUUGUUUGUUUUUUUACUGUACCAUAGAAACCUAGUGGUGCAGUGACUGGACUUUGGUUUGGGGGAGGGAAGGAGCACGAGGACAAGGAAAUGGAGGUUGACAUUACUGAACAUAAGGGGAAGAGGGUGGGCUUGAAGUCAACACAGAAACCAAAAGGGAGACUGAGAGGUGAAGCCUGCAGUGAAGAAAGGACCAGGGUACACACUGGCAAAAGAAGAGCAUCAUCAAGAACAUGGAAGGUGAAACGAGCUGGCUCUCAAGGCAGAAUGUGUGUCUUAAAGUAGUAGAGAGAGCCACUGUACCUGUGUGUGUUCACGAAAGCAUUAUCUCUAACUACUGCCCAGGCUUCUGGCAUCCACACUACUGGCAGUGAAGUCCAGGCGGCUGUGCAGGAGCAUGGCCUGAUCAGUACAACUCAAUCAUGUCUCGGGCCAGUUUGUCACAGUCCUGCUCCUGCAUCGCUUUUUGUCUUGCCACAUACAAAGUCCUGUUGAUUGUAUUUUACUCUUCUUUUGCCUGUCUCGCUCUCUCUGUCUCUCUUUCUCGCAUUCUGUCAAGGAUGCAGCUGUGGGGCCCAGGGCUCUGGAGCUGGGAUGUGGAGUCUAUCUAAAUGUGUGAAUGGCUUUACACUGCUUGGCCGCUUCCUUCAGCUCUUUGUUCAAGGGGCUGAGGUCAGCUCGCAGACUUGGCAAAAACAAAAACAAAGAAAAGAAAUGAAAUGAAAAUGUCAAACAGCAACCAAAUCAGCAUAUCAGAAGUGUAGGCCCACUCAGCUGGGCCUGUUUAGCUUCUGUUUAACAUCAAUUUGCUGUGCUGCUGUUGGCAUUUUUGCUGUCAAAUAUAAGUUCAAUCUGAUCAGGAGGAUGAUGCUCUGUGACAUGCUUUGCAGGAAACUGUCUUGGAGCAUCAUGUUGUUGAUCUACCUUUAAUUUAUUUAUCUAACCCUGCACCAGCGCUAAGGUGUGUGUGUAUAUGCAUGCGUGUGUGCGAGUGCGAGUG